GAAGGGCUGUAGUGGCUGCGGUACUGCGGAGGGCUCUCGGAGGCCAGAGCUCUCUUUCGGUUCGCUGUGGGGCAGAGUCUCGGGUGGCCUGACCCACGGCGCUCGGGCGGGCUGUGCGGGGAGCGGCGCCUGACGCUGGCGGCUCCCGCGGUGGGGAGGGGCGGCGGCGCAGCCGCAGACCCCGUCUCCUGGCCGGCUCUGGGUAGCCGCAGGGCCGGUGCCCGGAGCCGGGUCGGACGUUGGCCCGGUGGGACGUUGGCGCAGAACUCGGUCAGAUUCGGACCUUGCUGCCUUCGUCACCGCGCACCCAGGCUCCCCUUGGCCUGUCUCACUUCCACUAAUUGUGAUUUUGCUUCAUUUCUAGGCAUAUGUCCCCACCAUGCUUUCCUGUGACAUCUGUGGUGAGAUAGUAGCCUCAGAACUAGAUAUGAAGGCUCACCUAAUUGUUCACAUGGAAAACGAAGUUACAUGUCCGUUUUGCAAGUUGUCAGGUGUAAAUUAUGAUGAAAUGUGUUUUCAUAUUGAAACUGCUCAUUUUGAGCAGAAUACACCAGAAAGAAACUUUGGGAAACUAAAUGCAAUGCAGUAUGAAAAUCCAGACAGCCAGAAUACCACCCUACAGAGGACAAUGGAAGUUCAUUCAAGUAUUCAUUCAGCUUGUGCAUCUAAUUUUCCAAAAAAUUCAGCCCAAAGCGUUCCUAAAGAUGGGACUUUAAAACAUGAAGCUUUUCAUACAGAGAGGGUAACUGAAUCUAGACAGUACCUGAGAAGCCAAGAAAAGCAGUCUGGAUUGUCUCCAGUACCAGGAUCAAUUUACGAGACAACUUAUAGUCCUCCUGACUGUCCCUUUUGUGGAAAAAUAGAGGGGUGUAGUCAAGAUAUGGAGACGCACGUGAAAACAAAACACGCCAGUCUUUUAGAAACUCCAUUAGAAGACUGUCAUCAACCACUCUACGACUGUCCCAUGUGCGGGCUCGUCUGUACAAAUUACCAUAUUCUCCAGGAACAUGUGGAUUUACAUUUAGAAGAAAGCAGCUUUCAAGAAGGUAUGGACAGAGUCCAGUGUUCUGGUGAUCGAGAAUUAGCUCACCAGCUUCAACAAGAAGAAGACAGGAAGAGGAAAUCUGAAGAAUCAAGACAAGAAAGGGAAGAGUUCCAGAAGUUGCAGCGGCAGUAUGGUUUAGAUAAUUCUGGUGGAUACAGACAACAGCAGCUACGGUACAUGGAGAUGGAAGUAAACAGGGGAAGAAUGCAUCCCUCUGAAUUUCACAACAGAAAAGCAGACAUGAUGGAAUCAAUAGCUAUUGGUAUUGAUGAUGGAAAAACAAACACUUCUAGAAUUAUUGAAGCCCUCCAUAGAUAUUAUCAGAACACUGCCACAGAUGUGAGGUGUGUGUGGCUCUCUACAGUGGUGGACCACUUUCAUUCAUCCUUUGGGGACAAAGGUUGGGGUUGUGGUUAUAGAAAUUUCCAGAUGCUACUUUCAUCAUUACUGCAAAACGAUGUGUAUGGUGACUGCUUGAAAGGUAUGUCCAUUCCUUGUAUUCCAAAAAUUCAGUCCAUGAUUGAAGAUGCAUGGAAGGAAGGUUUUGAUCCUCAGGGAGCCUGUCAACUUAAUAACAAAUUACAGGGAACAAAGGCCUGGAUUGGAGCUUGUGAGAUUUAUACACUUCUGACCUCACUGAGAGUAAAGUGCCGCAUUAUUGAUUUUCACAAGUCAACUGGUCCAUCCGGUACACACCCUCGCUUAUUUGAAUGGAUAUUGAACUAUUAUUCUUCAGCUAGAGAAGGGAAUCCAAAGGUUGUGUGUACAUCUAAACCUCCUGUCUAUCUCCAGCACCAGGGUCAUAGUCGAACAAUUGUUGGCAUUGAAGAGAAGAAAAACCGGACAUUAUGUUUACUAAUAUUUGAUCCUGGAUGUUCUUCCCGAGAAAUGCAGAGAUUGUUAAAGCAAGACAUAGAGCCUGGUAGUCUCAGGCAGCUGCGGAAAUCUGUGGGGAAUCUUAAACAUAAGCAGUACCAGAUAGUAGCAGUUGAGGGCGUUCUUUCACCAGAGGAGAAAGUUGCCAGGAAACAGGCUUCUCAAGUGUUUACAGCGGAGAAGAUUCCUUGAAUGAAAUAUUUCGGUGAUUUUGUACUUAUCCUUUUUACUGAUACUGAACUCUGAUACAGUUGAAGAAUUUGAUUUCACUUAAGUCCCUGGCAUAACAUUUGAGUUAUAAGUGCCUGUUAAGUUAUACUUCUUAUUAAUUCAUUGUCUGUAAUUAGUUGAAUAAAAUACCUUGUUUGCAUUGUUGAUUUUGAUUUCUUGUCCAUGUCUCACAAACUUGUUUUAUAGUUCACAAGCUAAUGGAUUGGGCCAUAACUUGUAUGAGUUACUUAGUACUUAACAUCUAUUAAUACAUUUAAUUUUAAAACAAUUGUUUAAGGGAAGCACUAUUAUUAACUCCAUGAACCCAGAUGCCUGAUAAAUUAGCAUUAGCCCAGGGAUAUUACAAGAUGGAUCCCACAGCCAGCUCACUGUAUUUUCCAUUGUUGUGUCAAUCAGGCCGUUAUUGCGGUGACAAACACUCAAUCCAAUUCAAGUAGGAAGAUUUCUUUUGCUUCAAUAUUUCAGUGUUGGGUGGGCUUACUCUGUAGUCUGCUGUGGUGCUAUAGCAGAUCCACUGACUCACUGUGGCCAAAAAGCAGAGUUGAGGCAGGAACAAGCUCUACUCAAUGUGAUAUAGAUCUCCAAUGGGGAUAUCAGAUAAUCCACCAAAUAACUGAUUCACUGACAAGAACUUCUGGUCCAAUAAACUGAAUAACUGGAUCUACCAGUGAGUCCAAACUAUGAGCACAAAUGAGGUGCCUUUGGGGAUGGUGAUGUUUUUGUGGGGUGGAGCUUCUAUUAUCACAAAAUGAGUACUUCCUUAAUGGGUAGUGAUCACCUUAAUAUGUAACAAGUUUGAAAACCAAGGAUUCUCUUGUUAAAUAUUUCCACUAACCCUCCAUCUCUCCUGAAAGCCUUUGUGGCCUGGCCUGUAGGAGAAAUACUAGAUUCUGGUCAGACAACUCUUGUAUGUGUGUGUACAUGAGAAUCUUAUUAUUCUGCUCAAUAAACAAAGAAUUAUUGAAAGAUUUAGAAAUUCACAGAAACUGUGAGUAACUUAGAAAAAUGUCUUAGAACCAAAUCAGUUAUAGGCUAUUGUUUGGUGUCAAUUUUUAAAGCAGGAACGAUCAAGUUAUAAUUUUAGGAUACUCAAAUUUCAGAUUACAAACAGAGCACAUUUGUUUGGCAUAGAACAGAAGUUCCCAAAGGGAAUGGAUACUGAACAAUUUAAAAACUGUUCAUUUAAAAAGCAAAACAAAAACCUGUGUGAAGUUUGUUAACAUGAAUUUCAGUCAUUCAGUCUCCCAAUGAGUCUUCCUGUCUUAAUUUUUUUCAACAUUGAAGCCAAAUGCUCUAACCUUUGCAUUUGUUUGCGUGACCUAGUUUGAUAUUCUUUCUUGCUGGUUUGUAAAAUUUAGCCUGUAGAAAUGCCAGUGAAGUCCUUAGUAAAUGUAUAUUGUUGACAAGGUCAUGGUCAUAUCAAGGGUCAAUGCCUCAGCCUCAUUGGAAUGGCAAAACCUUCCCUUGGUGAGGCUCAGAGGGGCAUCAAAGCCUUUCCUAGGGUCUGAGUGUGAAUACUGGCAGUGAGUGCAGAACAUAUCCCCUUGUAGCUUUCUCACUGCUCCUCUCUAACACCUGAUGUUUAUGGUAUGAAGACUAAUACCCUACAGAGACUUCUAUGUCUACUAAGAUUAGUCAAACCUGCCUCCUUGUUCAGCUGUAUAUAAUAAUCCUGCCUCCUGCUCUGGCUGUAUGUAUGCAAAAAUUCUGGCUCCCUGUUCUAGUAUGUACAAUAAAGCCACUGAGAUUCAGGGUUGCUGAGGUUUCUUCAUCAGAGAGCCCAGUUUUCCUGAUUCCAGUUUUUUUGUGUGUCUGUGUGUUUUUCUUUUCAUUGUUUCCUCACUUCUGUCAUAUCAAUUCCUAAAGCCCUGGCACCAGCCUUCCACACUAUCCAGCCUCUGCUUGCUUCUGCCGGUUCAACAAUCACUCCCCCACCAUGCCCUGACAAGUACCUUUCACUGGAAGUUGCAUUUACCCUAAAAUCCCUUCCAAAAUGCUGCCCCUGCUGCUGGGCACCCUUCUGGUAUAGGAAGUCCUUCUGUGUAUGUGUUGCUUUUGUUGGUCAAUGAAUAAAGAAUCU